CUGUCUACGGCAAGCGACGUGUGACAAGAGACACAAAACCUGCAGUGCAGCUAAAGCGAGUAGGAGUUGGUAAAGUUGGAUAACGCGUGUUAAAAGUGAUAAUGCUGUCGUUUUAGCAACACAACUUUUGUGUUUGUCGUCGUGAAACGUGAAAAAAGGAGCGGUUGACGUCAAGAAGCACGACGCCGAUCCUGCCGGAGGUUUUUUUUUUAUCACGUUAGCCGCCAAGCUAGCCGAGAAGCUAGCGAAGUGCCUCCAGGUUUGUAGCCGGUUACUUUAGGAGACAAAACAUGAAUCAUGCGUGUUAUUUAUUUGACAUGUUAAGUUGCUUUUGACCGCAAAGUCACGAUGAUCCUGAGAGACGGGAUGUGCCCUGGACUGGAUGAAGAACUUGUCCGGGAACUGCGCGCUGCUGACAUCAAAACAGUGGAGGACCUGGUAUCAUCUGACGUUGAGGAAGUGGCUCAAAAGUGUUCAGUGUCCUACAAGGCUCUGCUUGCCGUACGCAGAGUGCUGCUGGCCCAGCACACCGCCUUCCCCGUUUCAGGAGCCGAUCUCUACGAAGAACUACUGAGCUCAACAGCCAUCCUCUCCACGGGAAAUCCGAGUUUAGAUAAACUCCUGGAUUCAGGCGUGUACACCGGGGAGAUAACGGAGUUGUCUGGAGGCCCCGGAAGUGGCAAAUCUCAGGUGUGUUUUGGUGUGGCGGUCCACAUAUCGCACCAUCUGAAGCAGAGGGUGAUGUACGUAGAUACAACAGGAGGGCUCUCUGCCAGCCGUCUGCUUCAGAUGCUUCAGGCUGAGUCGAGUAACGUGGAAGAACAGAUGGAGGCUCUUCAGAGGAUCCACAUCUUCCACGCGUUUGACAUCUUCUCCUUACUCAGCUAUCUGUACAGUCUUCCUGCCACCAUCCAGCAGGUAUCCGUCGGUGGCGGCUCAGUCAAGGCCGUGAUAGUGGACUCGGUGUCGGCGAUUAUCUCUCCCAUACUGGGAGGCAAACAAAAUGAAGGCAUGUCCUUGAUGAUACAAGUCGCAGGAGUUCUCAGGCGCAUAGCAAAGGACUUCAACGUUGCCGCUCUGGUAACCAACCACGUGACGAGAGGCGGCGGCGGCGGCGGUGGGGAGGUGCAGGCGGGACUGGGCUUGUCGUGGAGUCACGUGCCCCGAACGAGGAUCCUGCUGGAGCGAACCGAGAGCGCCGGCACCGGCCACUGCAGCGUGCGCUCCGCAACGCUGAUCAAGUCCUCCAGACAGCCUUGUCAUAUCAAAGAGCAGUUUGACUUACAGUGGUGGAGUACGUCUAAAGAGGGAUCCGCUGCAAAGAGAAAACUGGAUGACUCAGACUCCCGCUGAGUGCCAACUGGAACUGCUUUCUAAUCUGCCCUCUAAAUGUAUUUCUACACACACGCAGAGUGCUGACAGAAAUGUUUUCUGGGGGGAAAAUGCAAAUAAACACGAGUAUUUUGUAUCUUAAGUGUCACAUUGCUUGUUCUCCUUGUAUAGAAUGCAGCGCCAUCCAAAAUGUCUCUAUUAAGAGUGGCCAAGUGGCUGUAUUGGCUAAAAGAAAUACACCAAACGCAAACAAACAAGCUAUGUAAUGUGCUCCGAAAAUGUGUUUGAUUAUUGUUUCCUCUGCCAGUUUGAUGCAGCUGUGGCGCUUUGAUGUGAUAAUUCUAGUCUUGUCCCAUAUUGUUGUUUGGGUUGAAGAUGUUUGAGACUGAAGAUUCAAAAUGAAACAUGCAUUUUAAUCAAAAUAUAAUCAUUACUUGAAACAUUUGGACUUAUUUUUGGACUGUAUUUUCUUGAUCAUAGUAAAACUGA